AUGACUACAGUUUCGCCCUCAGGGUGCCCUAACCGUGUUUCGUGGGGAAAACGGGCCAAAAGAACCGUUACAGCCCCUUCUGUUAGCGGACGUCUACACAGUGCCGACGGAAGAGCCCCGGUACAAGAACCCCAACUCCUAUCUAAUCGAUACGCAUCUCAGGAUAAUGGUGUGUGGCCGUUUUCUAGUUCUGGAUAUCUUUCACCCCGACUCACAACCAUUUCCUCAACCUGUCUUCGUGAUGUUAAGGAGGUAUUCACAGUUCAGCAAAUUAUGCGAGAUACUCUUGAGACACGACUUAAACCACAGUCAGCUGAUAAAAAGGUGAUUCAACAAAGGAACCAUCACAAGAAGGAAUUUCUACGGUCAUGGUCGAGAGAAAGAAUUAUUGUUACGGAGGAGAUUAUUUACCCAACAACUAACUUGAGUGUAACCAGUGCUUCUGGAUCUUAUUCUUCCAUUGCUGGACCACAAAGUAAACCGUAUUACCCAUUAGAGAGAUAUAAUACUACCUCGGGUGGAAAUUCCCUUCCAGUUCCUUCGAUCACAAUGAUUGGAGCUCUACCACAACAUGUUGUUGAACAUGGAAAAAGCGUACCGUUAUCCAGCACAAAUAUUUCCAAAACAACUCACUCCAGAGAUAGGCGAGCAAAUUUACGCCGGCAGGCAUCAGAAUCUGAGGGUUCGACUCUUCUCUUCAGUGAUUUGUCAUCUGUUGGAAGUAGUAUUGGAGCCAGAGUUAUUCCGAUUAAGAAAGGAUCCAAAAUCUUAUCAGUUCAAAGCUUAUCUUCCCCUCAAACAAUGGAAAAUCGACCGAGUACCGUAAUCCAAACGACCAGCAAGACUCAUUUCCUUAACGCAAUGACAUAUAUGCUCAUGGAACACGCGGAUGAAGAUCAGUUUGUGCAAAAUAUUCUACCCCUUCGACCAGUCGAACCAAUGAAAUCUCACGAGUCAAUUAGUGAGGACAACCUUCGAUGUCAUCCCGUUAUUCAAAGAGUCCCAAUUAUUGAGCACUCUCUUACCUCCUCUUUCCCAAAAAUUUCAAGCAACCCAACCAUACAAGCCUCUAUUCAGAGAUCAGAAACACUAACCCCCAAAAACAGACAACAAUCCCCUCGCCAAAUGGUAACAGCUUCUGACGUUCCUCCAAGCAGUCCACCUCCGGACUAUCAAUCUAUCGUUUCUGAUGAACGGGAUUCAACUUUUCAUGAUGAUGAGGAUAUUCAUAGUACAUCUACGUCUGUCUAUGAAACAGCCAGAUCUUCUAUCUCACCUUCACCAACCAGAGACUUAAUCGUCACACCUAUCGCCCAGACACAAACUCUCCAAUCUGCGCCACCUCAACACUUUUUACAUUACCCUUAUCAUGGAUCUGAUAUAACAACAAAUAUUGACAAACUAGAUGCAGCAACAGAAACCGUGAUCCCUACUUCACCAGUAUACUUCAGGACAAUUGUGAGAAGGGAUCAUGCUGGAUAUGGUCUGACAGUUUGCGGAACUAAUCCAGUUACUGUACGAAAUAUCCGCGAAGGUAAAUUAUUAUCCAAAAAUUUAAAUGAAGUAUCCUUUCAUUUUAUAUAA